AUGGGCACUUCAUCACCCGACAGCGAUGCCAGCUCUUCACAGCAGCAGUACGCCAAGGCGGGCGACUGGGAGCAGCACCGCGACACAAUCACCAAGCUGUACCGGGACCAGGAUCUCCAUCUCGACGAGGUCAUUUCCAUCAUGGCCCGAGACCACCAAUUCUUUGCAAACCAACGCAUGUACAAGACGAGGAUCAAGAAAUGGGGCAUCGACAAGAACCAGAAAGCCAAGGAGGUUGGCUACAUGCUCAAGGUGAAGCAACAGCGCGCCGCUCUUGGCAAGGACACCGAGUUUGUGGUCCGCGGUCGCAAGGUCGAUUGGGGCAAGAUUGAGCAGUAUCUCAAGCGCGACCCGGCUCUCCUCCGCAAGACGGCCGGCGACACCCUCGAGAUUGGCAAUGCCGCCGGCAUCAUCUGCAAGACACCGCCCCCAGACCCGGCUGUCGCACUCUCCAUCCCUCCGCCGCCCAUUGGGUCCAUGGAGAACCGACUGCCCGAGGAGAUCGCACUCCUGGCGCGCGACUACUUCAAGGGAUGCUUCGAAAAGGGCGUAUGGAUAGACCUGCCAGACGGCACGGUCGCGGGGCGGCAGGGAGCGAUGGCGACAGACAGGUUGCGCAAGUGGGGCCAGACGAUGCGGCUCGGGCGGCACUGCAUUGCCAUCGGCAAGAAUACGGAAGGGUUCCAGCUCUUGGGCAGGUGCAUGGACCAGAUGACUCAGCUGGUGGUGGACGAGGAUCCGACCCUGCUCUACCAUUUCCUGGGUAACACGAUCGGUCUGACGCCACAGUCGCGCGAGCUGGGCGCGGCGGUCUGCAAGCACAUCCGGGAGCUCUGCCACAUCAAGCUCGGCGCGCAGCACCCGCUGAGCCGCAUCUUUGACCGGUUCAACGCGAUGGCCAAGUCCGAGACGCACUACCUCUCGCUGUCGAUUCCGGUACAGGCGCUCGUCGACCUGUUCGCAGCCCGGGACAAGGACCGAGGUGCCAAGCGCGACCCGCGCAUCGCGGUGUUGUACCGGCGAUAUGCAAACCUGCUGCGUGGUAAUAGCGGGGGCAUGGAAGAUCCGGCGAUGAACGCCAUCUCGCUCAACGAUAUCGUCGACUUUUACGAAGAGUCCAACGACCCGAGCGCUUCGAUGUGCUUCCAGUUCGAGUACCUGGCCUAUCUCACCAAGUGCUUGGUGAAGGCGCGAGGAGGAGAGGAUUCUAGCAGGAACGGGUCGACCCCUGCGGGAGGGUCGUCGUCUACGACGACGGGCAACGCGACUCCCUCUGCGGGCACGUCUACGACCACGGACGGAACGUCGCCGCCAAACAACGCCGAGGCGGGGCCGGUCGUGCGAUUCCGGGAGUCGCGGUACUACUAUAUCUUCGACUCGUCAGUUCUGGCAGCGCAGACGCCGGAGCCAGGCACGCCGGCUUUGGAGCCCACGAGGGUGCUCUGGGAGCCUGAGGUCAACCCGGACGACGAGAUACUACCGCCACCGUGCUUAUGA